AUGAAGCGUACAAACUUCCACAAGUGGCGGCUACUCAUUGGGCUCAUAGCGUUUUGCGUCUGUGUUGGACUCAUGAUCGUUACCAGAAAGCGAAAUGGUUUGGAAAAUUUGAACAGUGCCAUUUUCGCGCCCUACAUCGGAGGAGUAGUUGAACCGUUCUUCAACGGAGUGCCGCGGAAUGUCGAUGGUGUCAAAAUAGAUUGGCACGACUAUCCCUACAUGGAACGGGAAGCCCGACAAAAGGGUCCCGGCGAAAACGGAACCGCCGUUCAGCUGGUAGAUGAGCAAGACAUAGCUCGGAACGAAAAACUGUUCACCGAAAAUGGAUACUACGCGGUCGUUAGCGAUCACAUCGCUCUGAACCGCUCCGUGGCUGACCAAAGGCACCCACUAUGUCGGAAGAAGCAUUACCUCCAAGAACUUCCGACUGCUAGCGUGGUGAUCAUAUUCUACAACGAGCAUCUGAGUACUUUGCUGCGAACUGUCCAUAGCGUGUUGAAUCGAUCGCCUCCGCAGCUGGUGAAGGAAAUCAUCAUGGUCAACGAUCACAGCACCAAGGAGUUUCUGUACGACGAAUUGGAGCAAUACAUCAAGAACGAACUACCUUCCAAAGUGAAACUCGUUCACCUGCCGGAACGGUCCGGUCUGAUCAAGGCUCGACUAGCUGGGGCCAAACUUGCAACCGGCGAUGUGCUGAUAGUUUUGGAUUCCCAUACAGAAACCGGACCAAAUUGGCUUCCACCUUUAUUAGAGCCUAUUGCGAUGGACUAUCGAACAUGUGUAUGUCCACUGAUAGACACCAUAAACUAUUCAACAUUUCAAUUGGGAAAGCAAGAUGAUGGACAGCGGGGAGCUUUCAACUGGAAAUUCCUCUACAAAAGAAUGCCAUUGAGGCCGGGAGAUCAAACCGAACCCACCGAACCCUUUGAUAGUCCCAUCAUGGCCGGUGGCCUCUUCGCCAUCAGCUUGAAAUUCUUCUGGGAACUUGGAGGAUACGAUGAGGGACUAGACAUCUGGGGGGCCGAGCAGUACGAGCUAAGUUUCAAAAUUUGGAUGUGCGGUGGCCGUAUGGUAGAUGCUCCAUGUUCUAGGGUUGCUCAUGUCUAUCGCGGAUACGCUCCUUUUCCCAACCCAAGAGGGAAAAAUUUUGUCAUUGUGAACCACAAACGAGUGGCCGAAGUGUGGAUGGACGAAUACAAACAGUACAUUUAUCAAAGAAACCCAAAGUACCUCGAAACGGAUCCAGGCGAUCUUUCCGAACAGAAGGCCCUUAGGGAACGACUUCAGUGCAAAUCAUUCAAAUGGUUCAUGGAAGAAGUCGCUCCCGAUAUAGUUCUAAAGUAUCCCCUGGUAGAUCCACCAGAAUUUGCAUCCGGAGCAGUUCAAAACUUGGGAGAAACCAAAUAUUGCCUCGAUACUCUAAAUCAUCCCAAAAAUCAACCAAUAGGAGUAUUUCCAUGUGCUGCAAAUCUAACGAACCCGGGGGCCAAUCAAAACUUUAUGCUGACUUACUUCCGGGAUAUUCGAGCUGUGUACAAAGAAAUCUGUUUAGAUGCUUCAGAUAUAGGCAGUGAAGUAAUCUCGUAUAAUUGUCACGAAUCACAGGGGAACCAGCUGUUCCAGUACGACUUGAAACAUAAAUUCCUGCGCCACGGAAAACCUGCCCAAAAUCGCUGCAUGGACGUCGUCGAUAAGCGAGUGAUCAUCUCGAAAUGUGAUCCACUCAAGAAAUCUCAGAAAUGGGUCUGGGGAUCGAUGAACGUUGAUAGACUGAAAAACUGGGAAUCGAGUGGCUCCAAACUGCUUAGGUGA